CCCAAACCAAACCCGACGCGGCGCGGCAUCCCCACCAAAACCCCCCGCCCGCCGCCCGGCGGCGCCUCGAUCCCGGGGCGAUGUCGCCGUCGCCGCAGCGCCGGCCGCAGCGCCGCGCGGCGUCGUCGCGCCCGGCGUCGUACGACGAGUCCCUCGUCGACGCCGCGCUGCAGGCCUACCUCGGCGACGCCCCCUCGCGGCGGGUGCGGCGCCUGCGCCGCCUCUCGGCGGAGGAGCGGCAGCGGGAGACGGAGACGGAGGCGCUCAUCGCGCUCUCGCUGGGUUUCCCCAUCGACGAGCUGCUCCCCGAGGAGCGGCCCCUCCUGCCCGCCCACAUCGCCGACGCGCCCAACGACUAUAUCGUCGUCCGCAACCACAUCCUCGCCUCCUGGCGCGCCGACCCGGGCGCGCCGCUGCCCCGCGCGCGCAUCCUCGAGACCGUCGCCGCCUCCUACGACCACCUCGUCGCCGCCGCGCACGGGUUCCUCGCCCGCGAGGGCCACAUCAACUUCGGCGUGUCCGCCGCCUUCCCCGCCGCGCCGCCCCCGGACGCCGCGCUCCAGGGCCCUGCCGCCUCGGGCGCUUCCGUCAUCGUCGUCGGCGCGGGGCUAGCGGGGCUCGCCGCCGCGCGACAGCUGCUCCGCUUCGGCCUCCGGGUGCUCGUCCUCGAGGGCCGCGCGCGCCCCGGCGGCCGAGUCUACACGUCCCGCCUAGGUGGGGACAAGGCCGCCGUCGAGCUCGGCGGCAGCGUUAUCACCGGAAUCCACGCCAAUCCGCUCGGCGUGCUCGCGCGGCAGCUUAGCAUCCCGCUGCACAAGGUGCGGGACCGCUGCCCGCUCUACUACCCGGACGGCCGGACCGUGGAGACCAGGCUGGACAGGAGCAUCGAUCUGGUGUUCAACACGCUUCUCGACCAUGCCACCAGGCUCCGGGAGUUUCUGAAUGAGGCUGCGGAGAGGAUCUCGCUGGGGGAGGGCAUCGAGAAGAUCAGAAGGCUGUACCAUGUGGCCAGGACGGACGACGAGCGGAUGGUUUUGGAUUGGCAUUUGGCAAAUCUGGAAUUCUCCAAUGCUGGUUGCCUGUCAGAGCUCUCGCUCGCACAUUGGGACCAAGACGAUCCUUAUGAGAUGGGGGGAGAUCAUUGCUUCUUAGCUGGAGGGAAUUCCCGGCUCAUACAUGCAUUGUGUGAUGGUGUGCCCGUGUUGUAUGAGAAGACAGUGAAGCGAAUUGAGCAUGGAGCGGAUGGGGUUAGUGUCACAGCGGAAGGAGGGCAGGUUUUCCAGGCUGACAUGGUUUUGUGCACUGUACCCCUUGGGGUGCUCAAGAGUGGGAGCAUUGUGUUCGACCCAGAGUUGCCUGAGCAUAAGCUUGGGGCAGUACAGAGGUUGGGGUUUGGGUUGCUGAACAAGGUGGCCAUGGUGUUUCGCCACAUAUUCUGGGAUGAGGAUAUCGAUACAUUUGGGUGUUUGAAUAAGGAGAGUAGCAAGCGUGGGGAGUACUUUCUCUUCUAUAGCUACCACACUGUCUCUGGUGGAGCAGUGCUUAUUGCACUUGUGGCUGGAGAGGCUGCUUUGGAGUUUGAAAAGGUCGAUCCUGUUGUUGCACUUCACCGAGUACUUGCCAUUCUUAGAGGUAUCUAUGGUCCAAAAGGUGUUACUGUUCCUGAUCCCAUUCAGUCGGUUUGCACAAGAUGGGGUAGUGAUCCUUUUUGCUGGGGUUCAUACUCCCACAUCAGAGUUGGGUCUUCUGGUGCCGACUACGAUAUUCUUGCUGAGAGUGUGAAUGAUCGGCUCUUCUUUGCUGGAGAAGCCACGAUUCGUGCGUACCCUGCAACGAUGCAUGGAGCCUUGUUGAGCGGAUUAAGAGAAGCUUCCAAAAUUCAUCGUGCAGCAGAGAGCAUAAUGAAUUCUGACCAGAAGAAGUAUUUCCUGCCUAAAAGCCUGAGACCACCAAAUGGUGCCCUUGAAGAUCUUUUCUCCGAGCCAGAUCUUGCAUUCGGGAUAUUCUCAUUCGUGUUCUCCUCAGUGACACUUGAUGAUCCUGAGGCUCCGGGACUAGCCCGGAUUUCACUCGACAAAAUUUUGCUCCUGCAGCCCAAGAAUCAUGAGCCCAAAGAAGAUGAAAAGGUUCAUGACCCUGCAGCUGAGAAAAUCGUCCUUCAGACCUUCCAUUUGUAUGCCACCGUCUUCCGAGAGCAGGCCGAUCGGCUGCAAAAUUCAAGCAACGACGACAAAGGUAGGUUAGGAUUGUUAUGCAAGGAUCUCGGUGUAAAGCUGAUGGGCUAUGAUAGUACGUGUGAUGUAUGUAGCGAUAUGAUCUCGAGCAUCUUGAGCGCACGGAAAGCCAGGAAACGGCUGCAGCGCCCGAAGAACUUCAACAUCUCGCAUUGAUCUGUAUUCUGUACCAUCUCCUUUGCCCUCUUGUAGAACAGAAGCAUUCUUUUGUUAGAUCCGAAGAACUGGCUGGUGGAGCUCGGAUUUGUUCUCUACACGCAUUGAGCUCUCACUUGUAACUUGUAAAUUAUCAAGUCAUGUAACUUUAGGCUAGAGUUGAGUGCUAAACUUUAGCACAUAUUAGCACUCAUACCCUUGUUAAUGUUUUUAGUCUUAGCUAAAGUUUGUUGGAACUCUUGUUUGUUGAAACUAGUGCUAAAGUUUAGCACUUUUGGGCAUUAUCACUUGGAUGUUGGAUCCAAACACCCCCAAA